UAGGUGCCCGCCCAAGCGAGAGACAGCCACCACAGCAACAGGCUUUCAGCGCACAGACAGCUCUCCACUGCUCAAUGUUUCAGAGCUAACCGUUGACCUCUUUUCUAUCGCUUUUACCAUCGAUUUCUACUUUUUAAUAAACCAGGAAAGUUUAUCAUAUCGGUUAUUGUAGUUAAUUGCUAUUGUUUUUUUUCUCGGUUGUUUUUUCUCUAGCCAAGUCGUCUAUUUAUCUAACGAACUGCUGCAGAGCACCGAAAGGUGACUAUGGCGAAGGGACCGGUGCUGGUGACUCGAUCCCUGGCGGCUGGCGGCCCUACGCGGCUUGUUUUGCUGCUGUUAUGUCCGCUAAUCUGCGGCCUCUCGGCGCAGGGCCAGGAGCUGCCAACCAACCGGGUGAAUGGCUACAGCCUGCACCCACCUUAUUUUAACCUAGCGGAAGGGACCAAAGUCACGGCGACAGCGACCUGCGGAGAAGGGGACAAUGGGCGAUCGAUACGUGAUUUGUACUGCAAGCUGGUCGGAGGACCAGUGUCAGGGGACCCGAGUCAAACCAUCCAGGGUCAGUACUGUGACACCUGCGCCAUGGGGGACAGUGACAGAGCCCACCCCAUCUCCAAUGCCAUCGACGGGACAGAGAGGUGGUGGCAGAGUCCUCCUCUCUCCCGCAGCACAGAGUUCAACCAGGUCAACGUUACCCUGGACCUGGGACAGCUCUUCCACGUGGCCUAUGUCCUGAUCAAAUUUGCCAACUCUCCUCGACCAGACCUCUGGGUGCUAGAACGUUCCACCGACUUCGGAGAGACCUACCAGCCGUGGCAGUUCUUCGCCUCUUCUAAGAGAGACUGCAUUGAGCGCUUCGGACAGCGAAGUAUGGAACGGAUCAACUCUGACAACGACGUCAUCUGUACCACUGAAUACUCCCGCAUCGUACCCCUGGAGAAUGGAGAGGUGGUGGUGUCUCUAGUGAACGGGCGUCCCGGGGCUAUGAACUUCUCCUACUCUCCAGUCCUGAGGGAUUUCACCAAGGCCACCAACAUCCGUCUCCGUUUCCUCAGAACCAACACCCUCCUGGGACACCUGAUGGGCAAGGCCCUCCGCGAUCCCACCGUCACACGCAGGUAUUACUACAGUAUCAAGGACAUCAGUAUCGGAGGACGCUGUGUGUGUAACGGACACGCUGAGGCCUGCGACCCACACGACCCCAACGACCCCUACAAACUGCAGUGUGAUUGCCAGCACAACACUUGUGGGAAGUCAUGUGACCAGUGUUGCCCCGGAUUCAACCAGCUACCAUGGAAACCAGCGACCAUUUACAAGGCUAACGAGUGUGAACCGUGUAACUGUAACCAACACUCGUUUGGCUGUUACUAUGACCCCGAGGUUGACCAGAGGAGAGCGAGCAUCAACGUCCAGGGACAGUACAGGGGGGGCGGAGUCUGCAUGGAGUGUCAGCAUCACACCGCUGGUGUCAACUGUGAGCGCUGUAUCCUCACCUACUACAGAUCACCUGACCAUCCCCUGGACUCCCCAUUGGCCUGCUCCCCCUGUGUGUGCCGUUCAGAGUUCACAGAUGGUACCUGUGAGGAUCUGACGGGUCGUUGUUACUGUAAACCCAGCUACACCGGAGAGAGCUGUAACUCCUGUGCUGAGGGAUACAUUAACUUCCCAGACUGCUACUCCAUAGCAACCUACCUCAACAACAACGAUAGCAACAGAGAAGCUAAACCUGCCGGAGAAAUCAUCAACUGUGAGUGCAGUGCUGCUGGGACGGAGGGAAACUCCUGCCGUCCUGAUCCGCGUACCCGCACCUGUAUCUGCAAACCUGGCUUCACUGGGGAACACUGUGACGUCUGUGUCCCAGGGUACUACGGACUCAACUGCCAGGCAUGUCGGUGCUCAGGCGCCGGGUGCCAGGGUGGUAGGUGUGAUACGUUGACGGGGCAGUACCAGUGUCACCAAGGCUUCCAGGGCUACUCAUGUGACCAGUGUGCUCCAGGCUACUUCAACUACCCCCUCUGCCGACUGUGUGGCUGUAGCAGCGUGGGUUCCCUCCCAGAGGGCUGUGAUUGGUCUGGACGGUGUGUGUGUCGUCCGGAGUUCCAGGGACCGCGAUGUGAGCAGUGUAGAUCAGGCUUCCACUCCUACCCCAACUGCCAAGUGUGCACCUGUGAUCCUCGCACCUCCCUGGGCUCCAGCUGCAGUGUGUCGGGUCACUGCCACUGCAGACCCAACUACAGCGGCGCCGCCUGUGAUCAAUGUGCUCCUGGUUUCUACGGCUUCCCCAGCUGCACGCCUUGUCAGUGCUCAGCUGAGGGCUCCAGGUUCAGUAGCUGUGACCAGGUGAGUGGUCAGUGUACCUGUCUACCCAACGUUGUGGGACAGAGGUGUGACACCUGCAGCUCUGGAACCUACGGAUUCCCUCUCUGCCAAGCUGAUACAUGUAACCCAGCCGGUUCUGUACAGAACGAGGUCCUGCCAACCGUUGGCUCCUGUGAGUGUCUUCUCUAUGUGGAGGGAGUGGCCUGUGACAGGUGUAAACCCCUGUUCUGGAACCUGUCACCUGACACCGUCUAUGGAUGCUCCAACUGUGAAUGCAACGUUGGAGGGACAAUGGGUGGUGUGGCAGAGUGUGCUCAGAGCAACGGCCAGUGUCCCUGUAAGCCCAAUGCGUGCGGUGGCACCUGCUCUGUGUGUAAAGAUGGAUUCUUCAACCUGCAGAGUGACAGCUUCUUCGGCUGUCAAGGUUGUCAGUGCGACAUUGGAGGAUCAGCGGGACAGUCCUGUGGGGAGAGGAACGGGAGAUGUCGCUGCAGACCCAACGUAGAGGGACCCAAGUGUAACAGGCCUCGUCCGGACCACUACUUUCCAGACCUGCACCACCUGAAGUUUGAGAUAGAGGAGGGUACCACGUUGGACGGGCGGCCGGUGCGUUUCGGCUAUAACCCUGCGGAAUUUGAAAGGUUCAGCUGGAGAGGGUACGCUCAGAUGUCCCUAAUACAGUCUAAGGUGGUGGUUCAAGUCUCGGUUAGCUCUCCGGACCUGUUUCAAAUAGUCUUGCACUAUGUGAACCGCGGUGGCCUGGACAUGAUGGGCAGGGUGUCCAUCCUGGAAGAUGGGAAUAACUCCAAGUGUGGCAACUGUAAGUGUCGGACUCAGUGGUAUCCUAGGCUUCAACCCAAAAUGGCACCCUAUUCCCUAUUUAGUGCACUAUAUAGGGAAAGCGCGGUCAAACUGUCGGUGCACGUGAGUGAGGUGGAUGUCUACCUCACGAGUUCGUCCUGUAUCGCGUCGAUGUUCCAGACCCCGUCUGAUUCGCUGGUGUUGAAGGAAGGUCAAGGGUUAUCGGUCCAGGAGCCUGUCCUGGCCUCCACUGAUGACCCCCCCCUAGAGCUGGCAGGAGCCCGCCCUCCCACCGCGGCGGAUAACGUGGACCACUUCCGCCUUGAUAACAGCCAGAAUGCAGCAGUGUACUGGCGUGUCCAUACUCUGGGUCGCUAUGUGUUCAUCCUCCACUACCACCAGCCCCUCCACCCCACUUACCCUGUCCAGGUCUUCAUCAACGGGGGACGCAUCUGGCAGGGCCAUGCCAACGCCUCCUUCUGUCCCCAUGGUUAUGGUUGCCGUAGCGUUCUGAUCUCCGAGAACCAGAUCAUUCUGGACGUGACGGACAACGAGAUCUUCCUGACUGUCCAGGUCCCCGAUGGCAAAACACUCUGGCUGGACUAUGUUCUGGUGGUGCCAGAGAGCAGCUACAGCUACAGUUACCUGUCUGAAGAACCUCUGGACAAAUCAUAUGACUUCAUCAGCAACUGUGGACAGAACAGCUUCUACAUCAAUCCUGCCACAGCCUCUCCAUUCUGUCGUAGUUCAGCCAUAUCUCUCUCUGCGUUCUUCAACAACGGUGCCUUGCCCUGCGGGUGCCAUGAGGUGGGCGCGGGCAGCGAUACCUGCCAGCCCUUCGGCGGGCAGUGCCAGUGCAGACCGAACGUCAUCGGCAGGGACUGCUCACAGUGUGCCACGGGCUACUGGGGGUUCCCCAACUGUAGACGGUGUCAGUGUGGUACACGGCUGUGUGAGCCGGUGACUGGAGACUGUAUCUGCCCACCGAGGACCCUGCUCCCAGAGUGUAUCCAGUGUGAGCAGACGUUCGGCUGUCAUCCUCUGGUCGGCUGUGAGGUCUGCAACUGUUCCAUCCGGGUGUCCACCACCUCCAACAUCAGCUGUGACACCGACAGUGGACAGUGCAGAUGCAAGAACAACAUCAUUGGUCGUCAGUGUGAUCGCUGCACCCAUGGUUUCUAUGGUUACCCCAACUGUAGGCCAUGUGACUGCAACGACGCGGGGACAGAGGAGGAAGUGUGUGACUCUUACACGGGACGAUGCCUCUGCAAGGAGAAUGUCCAGGAUGGUCGUUGUGACCAGUGCAGAGUGGAGACCUUCCACCUUGACCCCACCAACCCUAAAGGCUGCACUUCCUGUUUCUGUUUCGGAGCCACCAACCGCUGUCGCAGCUCAGAGAAACGACGGACUGAGGUGAUGGACAUGAUGGUGUGGGUGCUGCUGGGAACAGACAGACAGGAAGUUCCUGUGACAGUAUAUCCUGAUCAGCAUGUGGUGGAGGCGGACCUUAGUGACGUACCUGAUGUCUACCAAGACCUCCUCUGGCAGGCUCCUAGAACGUACCUGGGAGACAAGGUUUCGUCUUAUGGAGGCUAUCUGCGGUAUCAUCUGCACACUCAAACUAUGAGAGGAGAUGUUCUCUCUCUGCCUGCUGAAGCCUCUCGACCUGACGUCAUUCUCAAGGGUAACCAGAUGACCCUGGUGUUCAUGGAGAGAGAAUACUCUUCACCUGAAGAACCACACCUGGGGAUAGUCCACAUGGUAGAGGGAAGUUUCCGCCACGCCCGGACGGGUAACGUGGUGUCUAGAGAGGAACUGAUGAUGGUUCUGGUGAAGUUAGAGUCUCUCCAGAUCAGAGCUCUCCACUCCCAGUCUGCCCACACUGUGUCGCUACGCGGGGCUGUGCUGGAGGGAGCACAGACCCUGUCCACGGGGCGACAGGCCAACAACGUAGAGAUCUGCCUCUGUCCCGCUAACUACCAGGGAGACUCCUGUCAGCAAUGUUCUCCAGGGUACUACAGAGACACUAAAGGUCUGUUCCUGGGGAAGUGUGUUCCCUGCAACUGUAAUGGUCACUCUGACCAGUGUCUGGACGGGUCUGGAGUCUGUGAAAACUGUCAACACAACAGGGCUGGAGACCACUGUGAGAAAUGUCAAGGUGGUUUCCAUGGAAACAACUCUCGAGAUGGACAAUCCCUCUCCUGUGACACCUGCCCCUGUCCUCUGCAGGUGUCCUCCAACAAUUUUGCAGUGGGCUGUGUGGAGAAACUCAACAGGAUGCAGUGUCUGUGUAUGCCUGGCUACGCUGGACCCCAGUGUCAAAGGUGUGCUCCCGGUUUCUACGGCAACCCCAUGGUUAUUGGCAGCGCGUGCCAGCCCUGCCAUUGCCAUGACAACACGGACCCCAACCUGCUGUUCAGCGACUGUGACGGGCUGACGGGCGAGUGUCACAGCUGCAUGCACAACACCGCCGGGACGCACUGUGAGAUCUGCGGCCCCGGUUUCUACGGUGACGCCGUCACUGCCAGGAACUGCACCAGAUGCAACUGCUCUCCCUGUGGCACAGCUUCAUGUGACCGUCACACAGGACAAUGUCAAUGUAAACAAGGUGUGACCGACAACUGUGACCGCUGCCAGGUACGUACUGAACUCAGUUAUCGUCAGAAACUGGUACCCCUACCAGGUACUCCUCCGGCCACGGUGGUGGCGGACAGCAUAUCAAAGCAAACACUCUGGAGGACAGCGGCACUGACACGCAUCAGAGAAGCCCGGGACCUGCUCUCACACAUCAAGAGCAUCAUGGGCAAGGUGAAAGACCUCAUGCUGCAGGUAAAACGUACGGUUCCGAAUGCGACAGAAGUGGAGCAGGAGGAGGAGGAAGACCUCUCUAAGAAGAUACAGCAGGUGGAGGCCAUGCUGAGAGAGAUGAGAUUCAGGAGCUGUGUCGGCCAGAAGAAGAUAGCCGAUAGAGAGCUGUCCGAGGCUGAGAAACUGCUGGAGAAGGUGAAAGACCAGCUGGUGAGUGGUGUGGUGGAGAACGAGGGCUUGGUGAAGAACAUCAGGGAGCAUCUGAGGAAGUUCCAUGACCAACUGAUGGACCUGAGGGACGCUCUGAACCAGGCAGUUAACAACACGGCCCUCGUCUCCGAUUCUAACGCUGUUAAUGAGAAGAGGCUGGAGGACUGCCAGCAACACGUGGAUGAGCUGAAUGUGAAGAAGAAGGAGGUGAAGAAUCUCCUGCAGAAGGCAGAGGAUGACGUGGCCGCUGUCAAUGACAUGCUGUCUAUGCUGCAGGACUCCAAGGAGGACUAUGAGCGUCUGGCAGCCCAGUUGGAUGGUUCCAGGAUGCCCUUGGCAGAGAAGGUGCAGAAGUUUUCCCCUUCCGUCAGUAAGAUACCCCUGGUGGAGGCAGCAGAGAAACAUGCUGAACUACUCAAUGAGCUGGCCAUGAACCUCGCCAGUGUGAUCUCCAACACCAACAAGGAUGGCUUCAUCCAGCGAGCCGUGAACGCGUCCCGGGCGUACUCCGACAUCGUCGACGCCGUCAGAGCCGCUGAGACUGCUGCCAACCAGGCUGCUAUGGACGCACUGGCGAAUGUACAGGAUCAGGACCUGGGCCAGACAGCUAAAGGUCUGAGGAAACACAGUAUUGAACUGGUGAACCAGGCUGUCAAACUACAGGAAGAUGUCAGUAAUGAUUUGAAACCUCAGCUCCAGGAUGCUAAGACUCGUCUGGAUGAGGCCAGAGACAAACAGGAGACUCUACUGAACGACCUAGAGAUGGUGCAGAGUAGCCUCAACUUCAGUCGAGAGGAGACAGCUAGUGACAUUGAGGAGGCUAAAGCAUCAGCGGAGGAGGCCAACAGUACAGCAGCGAGAGUAAAGGACACCCUGGCCCCUCUCAAGGAGCAGCUGGACCAAUGGCAGCAGCAGUACGGAGACGCCAACACCAACAACAAUGACAUCCACAAGGCCUUCCUGGAGGCCAACACCUCUGUGGGUAUGUUGGGCGAGGCCAUCCCAAUACUGAUGAAGAAGCUAGACAAGCUGCAGAACCACUCAGCCCAGAUGCCCAACAUCUCAGAGAACAUCCUCAGGAUCAGACAGCUCAUCGCUGAGGCUCGCAAGGCAGCCAGCAAGGUGAGCGUACCUGUGAAGUUCAACGGGACAUCAGGUGUGCAGGUGCGCACCCCCAGUAACCUAGCAGAUCUGGCAGCUUACACCUCCCUGAAGUUCUACAUCACCCUGCCCGAGGCCUCACGCGCCCGCAGACAGGACCAACCAGACAAACAUUUUGUCUUUUACCUCGGAAACAAGGACUCCAGUAAGGAGUUCCUGGGAAUGAUGCUGGAAGGGCAGAGACUGCACUGGCUCUUCAAUGUGGGCGGAGACACGACCGAGGUGGAGAUGCCGGAAGAUGUCCAAACAGAUGGAAAUUUCAACAACGUGGUCCUGGAAAGGAUCCUUCAGUACGGUCAGAUGGCCAUGACUUCGGAGACCAGGGUGACCAAGGCCGUGGUGGAUGCAGUAGGGGACAGCGGACUGCUCAACCUCCAGACUGAAGAGACUGUGUUCUAUGUGGGAGGGUACCCUGACACAUUCACGCCCCCUCUCCAGCUCCAGUUGCCCCACUUCAAGGGCUGUAUUGAGCUGGAGACACUGAAUGAGGAGGUGCUCAGUCUCUAUAACUUUGAGAACAUCUUCCAACUCAACACCACCGAGGAGAAACCAUGUGGAAGAACGAAGCCGGUGUUGACCCAGCAGUGGGUGAACGACGCGGCCUACUUUGACGGGACGGGCUACGCAGAGGUCACCUUGAAGGAGGAUACAGGGAAGAUGCAGCGCUUUGAACAGGAAGUUAAACUGAUAAGUCACAACGGCAUCUUGCUCAUGCUCCUCAGCCAGGAGAAGUUCCUGAGCUUGGCGGUGCGUCAGGGACGUCUCAGGGUCUUCUAUGACGUCACUGGUUCUCUACAGGAGCUGGAGCCUAAAGAUCCAGACUCCCCUUACCUCAAGAUCAGCGACGCUGAACCCAAAUCUUUGGAGAUCAUCCUCCUGUACGAUACGACCACGCGUGUUGUGGUGAGGAACAACCGCCAAACCCUGCUCAACCACGUCUUCACUACGCCCCUGCCGCGCUUCGAAGCCAGCUACUACCUGGCUGGUGUACCAGAGGACAAGAUGCCUGAAAGCCUGAAGGCCCUGUUCCCUCGCCAGGGCUCUCUGAAGGGCUGUUUUAGGAACGUCAAGGCCAUGAAUUCACACAUCGACCUGAAGAGGAUGCCCAGCUCUGGGGUCAGCUACGGCUGUGCCAAUGACCUACUGGUGGCCCGUGAGGCCCACUUCUCAGGCCAGAGUUACCUGGACUUGUCUCCAGACAGCAUUCCUGGUCUCAGGAACAACUUCUACGCCGGGUUUGGCUUCCGCUCUGACCAGAAGAACGGACUCAUGUUCUACCACCAAGCUCAGGACGGAGUGUGUCAGGUGUUCCUGGAUAAGGGUCAUGUGGUAGUGAGGGCGGGCAACAACGAGGUGAAGACUCAAAAGACCUACAACGAUGACAACGAUCAUUAUGUAACUCUGUACAGCAACAACAACAGGUUGCGUGUCUAUGUGGAUGACGUCCUGGAGAAAAAUGGGGAUACGGGUCGUGGAGGGGGCAGCAGCGAGGCAGCACUGUCACCUGGCGGUGUCUACCUGGGAGGGACACCUGACAACAGCCUCAACAACCUCACCGGCUGUCUUAGCAACCUGUUCAUCAAGAGAGACAAGCCUUCUCAGAUGGUGAUGAAUCUGAUGAAUGCUAAGGAGAACAUCGACGUUCCUCUAGACUGUCCUGCUGCCAAUAAACCACAACAGAUCCUGGCCACACCACCACGACAAAAGCAUGUUAAGGAUAAACACAGGAAGCCUGUGGGUGGCGGUGGGUCAGUGGGGCGGAGUCGCAGUGGCAGGGGGUCCUGCCAGGGGGACCUAGCCAAUCAGGAGGAGGUUGGAGCUCUGCACUUCAGUGGCUCCUCCCACAGCCACCAGCGCUACGACAGGCUACCAGAGGUCUUCAGCAGGACGCCUCACAUCUCCAUGGGUCUACGUGUGAACUCUUCAGAAGGCCUGGUGUUCUGUGUGUCUGGAUCAGGAGAACGUAGCAGAUCUGUGAUGACCCUGUCGGUCUCCGACGGACACCUGCUGCUCCUCAUCGACGGAGGGAAGAGGAAGACUAGCAUCCGCUCGCGCAGGAAGUACAACGAUGGACAGUGGCACACGGUGUUUGUGAAGAGGGAGGGAGAGAAGGCCAGUUUGAUUGUUGAUGGGAUCAAUUCCCAGUCUAAGAGGGUCUCGGGAGGGGAGAAAACACCCCUCAGUUCCCCUCUCUACAUCGGAGGAGUUCCCUCAGCAGUCGCCAGCUCACUUCUCACGGUGCCAGGUCCUGGAGGGUUUGUGGGCUGUGUGAGGGACCUGGAGCUGAAUGAGGAGAGCAUAGACAAUCCCUCCACAAGCCUGGGGGUUGUUCCUUGCUUCCAGACCACUCUGCAGCCUGGGGCAUACUUCUCCUCCCAGGGAGGACACAUGGCUAUAGAUGAAGGCCUGGUGUUAGGGCGGGACCUAGAGGUCCAGCUGGAGGUACGGCUGGUGUCUGACUCUGGUCUCCUGCUGCAUGCUGGGUCUGGACAACAGCUCAGUCUCUACCUCAACCAGGGAGAGGUGACAGUCACAGUGAACAGUGGUCGCGGAAACGUCUUCUCCACCUCUUUCACACCAGAGGAAUCCCUGUGUGACGGACGCUGGCACAGUAUCACAGUUGUGAAGAAGAGCAACGUGCUGCAGCUCCAUGUGGAUGCAGCCAGUGAACACAGUGUGGGGCCCAAGAAGGGCCGAUCCUCAGGGGCCAAGGAGACUGUGUACCUGGGGGGGGUACCAGAUGGCGUUGUUGUGCCGGGCCUCCCUGCUGCCCUGCCCUCCUUCCAUGGUUGUGUUCGGAGAGCCGUCCUGAACCAGCGACCAGCCGUGCUGUCUAAACCCCUGUUAGUACACGGAGCUGUGGGCACACAGGGCUGUCCAGCCAUGUAGACCUCGUUUAGCCCUGUUCCCCCUGGUUUAGCCCUGUUAGUACACGGAGCUGUGGGCACACAGGGCUGUCCAGCCAUGUAGACCUCUUUUAGCCCUGUUACACCUGGUUUAGCCCUGUUCCCCCUGGUUUAGCCCAGUUCCCCCUGGUUUAGCCCAGUUCCCCCUGGUUUAGCCCUGUUACACCUGGUUUAGCCCUGUUAAACCCGGUAUGGCCUAUACCCCCUGGUUUAGCCCUGUAUCCCCUGGUUUAGCCCUGUUACACCUGGUUUAGCCCUGUUACACCCGGUAUGGCCUGUACCCCCUGAUUUAGCCCUGUUACACCCGGUUUAGCCCUGUUACACCUGGUUUAGCCCUGUUACACCCGGUAUGGCCUGUACCCCCUGGUUCAGCCCUGUUACCCCUGGUUCAGCCCUGUUCCCCCUGGUUUAACCCUGUUCCCCCUGGUUCAGCCCUGUUCCCCCUGGUUUA